AUGGGCUCUCGUCUAGAGCAGAAGUCGUCUCUCGUGCGAAAGCGCAUCGAGAACCACGAAUUCAACGGCGAAGAUGGCGAGGAGUAUGAAGGCUCGAAAUUCGGAGGGUUCUCGGACUACUUUCGUCGCAAGAAGAUAAAAUUGCAAAAUCUGGACAAUGACAUCCGUCAACAAGCAACCGACAAGCCAAAGCUAUUCAAGGGUAUCGUGUGCCAUGUCAACGGGUACACCCAACCGUCUCUCAAUGACCUCCACACGAUGAUAGUCCAACAUGGAGGCGGGUUCAUCCAAUACCUGGAUGGCAAGACGAUGGUAACGCAUAUCAUCGCGAGUAAUCUAACGCCCAAGAAGAAGGAAGAGUUCAAACGAUAUCGAAUUGUCAAGCCGGCCUGGAUCGUCGACAGUAUCAAAGCUGGCAAGCUACUGCCCUGGGAUGCUUACAGAGUUGUUGAUGAGGGCGUCGGACAGAAAGUCUUAGGCUUUGAGAAUGGCCAGAUUACUAGUCAGGCCAACCGAAAAGUUCAAGGCUACAGAGAGCAGACUGAUACGAGCUGGUAUACGUCUCAACUGAAAUCUCAGGCCGUGCCGAAACCCCAAACACAGACUGUGACACCCACUGCAGACGAUAUCAAUGACGACGAGUAUCCGAUGCCAGAGAUUACAAGUUCGAUGGAGGAGGCACUGAGAGAGGCAGACAAGACGAUUCCCCCUCGAGAAGAAGACAAGCCGCCUGAAACAGACAGCAGAGACCAACUUGGCGCAAGCGAAAUGCAAACACCACCUCCAAGCAGCCCGCCACUUGACACUGGUGGCGACAGUGCAGCUGGCGUGGCUCACCAGGCAUUAAAAGAUGACUCUGCGCACUCAGCGCCCGCUCUGCAUCCAUGGGACGGCUGGAAUGAGUCGGAGUUUUCCCAUGCUGUUGUCCGCAAUUCUGAGGUGAUGAAAAAUGUCUCACCUGAGAAGCUGGCCUCGAUGACCGCAGAAGAACACAACGCAAUGCUUCUGUCCGAUCCGAACAUUCGCAAAUCGACUGUUGUGAACCCCGAGUUUCUUGAACAGUUCUAUCGCGAGUCUCGCCUCCACCACUUGUCUACAUGGAAAGCUGAUCUCAAGUCACAACUUCAAGCUCUCGCUGCCGAAAAGUCUUCAUCUCAGAAAGCGAAGCAGAAAAGAAUUCCUGGUCAAAGACGGUACAUCAUGCAUGUCGAUUUCGAUAGCUUCUUCGCAGCCGUCUCCCUCAAGCAAUAUCCUCAAUAUAAAGACAAGCCAGCCGUGGUCGCACACGGCGGUGGCUCCGGCUCCGAGAUUGCCAGCUGCAACUAUCCGGCUCGCAAAUUCGGUAUCAGCAAUGGUAUGUGGAUGAAGCGAGCGCAGGAACUCUGUCCAGAAGUAAAGAUUCUGCCUUAUGACUUCCCCGGGUACGAAGCAGCAAGUCGAAAGUUCUACGACGCUAUCAUGGCAACUGGUGGAGUAGUGCAGAGCGUCUCCAUCGAUGAAGCUCUCAUUGAUAUUAGCGCUCUCUGUAUUGCUGAGAGCGGCUCUGAUGGCGUGCAAAGAAACGAGGGUGCAGUCCACCGGGAGCAAAGCAAAGCUGACGAUGUCGGACAAAGACUUCGAGAUGAGGUGCUGGAGAAGACUGGCUGUGCAGUGUCGGUCGGCAUUGGUGGCAACAUUCUCCAAGCUAAAGUUGCCUUACGCAAGGCGAAGCCGGCUGGUCAGUACCAGCUUAAGCCUGAUGAAGUUCUUGAUUUCCUCGGUGCACUGGAAGUGACCAAGCUCCCGGGUGUUGCAUGGAGUCUUGGGGGAAAGCUCGAAGAGAUCGGGAUUAAGUUCGUCAAGGACAUUCGUGAUACUUCCAAGCAGAAGUUGAUGACCACCUUGGGACCAAAGACAGGCGAGAAGAUGUACGAAUACGCUCGUGGUAUCGACAAGACUGAAGUAGGAGAUCAGGUGGUUCGAAAAAGCGUUUCUGCAGAGGUCAACUGGGGAGUCCGGUUCGAAAAUCAAGAGCAAGUGGAUGAGUUCAUGCAUGGACUCAGUGGCGAGCUCAAUAAACGUCUGCUCAAGGAACGUGUCAAGGGCAAGCAGCUCACUAUGAAGGUGAUGAAGCGGGCAGCUGAUGCUCCCCGAGAUCCGCCAAAACACUUGGGUCAUGGCAAAUGCGAUGUGUUCAACAAAAGUUUGCAGCUGGGCGUGGCAACCAACGACCACGCCGUGAUCACGAAGGAAGCAAUCGCCAUGAUGAAGUCGUUCGCCAUUACCCCUGGAGAGCUCAGGGGCAUCGGCAUACAAAUGCAGAAGCUGGAGCCGCUCAAGCAGGGCACUGAUGGAGCUGAUCUCAGCAGUCAAAGGAAGCUUCAGUUUCUCGUGGGACAGCGUUCAAAAUCGACCCCAGAAAAGCCACGCCCAUCUGAAGAUGCCAUUCAGGAUGAUGUAAAGACACCUCAGAAGCAACGAAUACCAGACGCCAACCAACCCAGUGCAGCUUUCAAGCCUGUCGAUACAGGUACGCCGACCAAGAAGCCGCUGAACACUUUGGGCACACAGUUCGUCUUACCCACGCAAGUCGAUCCGAGUAUGCUGGCCGAGCUACCGCCUGACAUCAGGUCAAAGCUUGCGAAGCACGUAGGGAGAGUUUCUGGAGACACAAAGCCAGCCGAAGCUAUCAAAGAGGCCGACGAUUCAAAUGCAUCCUCAAGAGCGCACUCGCCUGCUGUUGUGAUACCGCCCCAGUCACAACUCGAUCCCAGUAUUCUCGAAGCCCUGCCAGAGGAUGUCCGUAGAGAGGUGCUGGGAUUCUACAAAUCACCAGGUAAUCGAGCAGAGAAGCGAGGUGAUCAAGCACUUCUUCCACAAUCCCCGCGCAAAGCUCGCACCGCUGCUCCUGUUCGUCAACCCGUAAAACGAGGUCGAGGCAGGCCUCGCGGUAGCAGGAAUCUUGGGGGACUGUCUCGUAACAGCGGCAACUAUGGGGAGUCGUCGACGUUGACACAAGCGAACUUCGUCGCUCGUCCCCAUCUCGUCGAUGAUAGCGGCGGCACAGACAGCGAACAAGAGCCCGAAGAGCUAGAUGCAGAAGUCCUCGCUGCGCUUCCUGAAGACCUAAGACAGGAAGUCCUUGCACAGCAGCGCCAAGCACGACUGCAGAGAACUGGGGGAAUCGACCUGUCCCUGCAUCAGAGGUCCAAAGCCGCACGAAAAAAGAAAGCCGAAGACGAAGGCCCCCUCGACAGGCACUUUACCUUACCUCCCCGCGCGGCGAAACCUACCUUCACGAGCAAGAAACUCAGCGAACUGCCUGACUUGCGCAACGCAGUCAGCGCUUGGUUCAGGGAGUUCAGCGACGAAGCUCCUUAUGAGGACGAUGUGGCCGCGUUGAUCAAGUAUUUGAAGGAUGUUGUGACAGAAGAGAGAGACACUAGCAAGGCUGUUGCGGUUGUGAAGUGGAUGGCUUGGGUCAUUGAUCAGGGGGAGGAGAGUACUCCCGAGGAGGUGUUGGAUGGGUGGAGAGAAGCGCUUGGGAAGACGAGGCAGGAAGUGCAGAGGGCAGCUGAUGGGAGAGAGUUGGGGAUGUUGAGGUUUGAAUGA